GGUGCGAAAGGUUAACACGCCGACAGGUGCUUGUGUAAGCGCUCGCGCUCAGGUUGCCCUCGCGGAGCCGAGCCAGUCAGGUACCUGCUGAAUUAUUCAUGAGUAUGCUAAUGAGCGCGCCCUGCUGCGCGUAGAAACUGGGAAGCGGGCUGGAAGUUGCGAGACAGCGGUCGGCCGGUCUGUUAGGGCGGAUCUCACGGGCGGUUUUCCGAGUCAUUUAUGUCUUUGUGGACACUUAGAGCUGGAGUCGAUGUCUCCCUCGGUGUCCCCCCGCUUUUUCUCGCCCGCGGAAGUGGCCCGGCACCGCACCAAGGAGUCCUGCUGGGUGCUGGUGGGCGAGCGCGUCUACGACGUAACGGGCUUCCUGCGGAUGCACCCCGGCGGAGAAGCGCUCAUUCUGCGGCGCUCGGGAACGGACGUCAGCGCCGAGCUGGAGGGACCGCCGCACCGGCACUCGGAGAACGCGCGGCGCUGGAUGGAGCAGUACUACAUCGGGGAGCUGGACGGGGAGCCGGAGGAGCCGGACACGGAGGGCGCGGACAGGGACGGAGGAGCCCGCGGCCGGGACGCGCAGGUGAGGGAGAGGAGGAAGGCCCCUGAUCCCACGGAGGAGGAAGAGCCCCCUGCAGCCAGCCGUUGCAGUAAAGUGGACCCCAAAACGGAUCUGGUGGACUGGGAGAGGCCCCUGGCAUGGCAAGUGGGCUACCUGGGUGAGAACUAUGACACAUGGGUACACCAGCCUGUGGAUCGACCCAUUCGCCUCUUUCAAUCUGAAUUUCUGGAAGCCAGCACCAAGACUUCCUGGUACAUGGUUCCCGCUGUAUGGAUGCCCCUGGUUUUCUACUUGAGCUGGUACUGCUACACCACCCUCUCACAGGAAAAGACCAGACUGCACCUCACCACAGAAUACUCCAUACUGGUACACAAAUACAGCUUCCCGCUGAUCUUCCUGGUGGGCAUGUUCCUGUGGUCCUUCAUAGAGUACUGCAUCCACCGCUUUGUGUUCCACAUGCGGCCCCCUGCCCACAACUAUUACCUCAUCACCCUACACUUCCUGCUGCACGGUCAGCACCACAAGUCUCCAUUCGAUGGCUCCCGCCUGGUAUUCCCACCCGGCCUGGCUGCUCCCGUCAUUGGAGGCUUCUACCUGCUCAUCCAGGCUCUGUUUCCAGAGGGUCUGGGCCUGUCCAUGUUCGUGGGAGGGCUGUGCGGAUACGUGAUGUACGACAUGAUCCACUAUUACCUGCACUAUGGCUCGCCCCAGAAGGGAUCCUAUAUGUACGGACUCAAGGCCUACCAUGUCAAACACCACUUUGAGCAUCAAAGAGCCGGGUUUGGAAUCACCACUAGGUUCUGGGACCGGCCCUUCAACACCCUCAUUCCAGAUGAGACCUUUGAGACAGCCCACUGACUUAGCGGGACCCCACACGCCUUGCAUUGUUCCCCAGUGCACAGCCGUGACCAUGCGUUUGCCCCACCCUCUGCAGUACCCCCUGCCCCUUGCCCCCUACCCCUUGCCCCCCAUCUCUGUCUGGCUUUCUGCUCCCAGCCCUUGUCGCUCCAUCUUCUCUCAUGUCCACCAACUACAGCUGGGUGUCUCCUGUUGAUUAAAUUUCCCGCAAGAGGGACUAAUAUAUGUUUAUUUAUUUAUUGAUUCUCUAAAAUGUUUAAAGGAUAGAAAGUGUGAGAUAAUUUUUACAAAUUUUUUAGCAUUCACAUUAAUGUGUAUUUACCAAACCUUUUUGUCCUUGGUGGACUGUGGAGGAGACAGGAGCGAGAGAGAGAGAGAGAGAGAUGGGGAGAGAAAGUAGAUGAGGGAAUGUGGAUGUUGCUGAGGAUGCCGGGCAUCAUGCUCAUUGCUACACUGGAGUGAGUACCUGGGGUACAGCCAUGUGCCUGGUCUCUCUCUCUCUUUAGCAUUAGCACUGAUGCUGUGGGUCAUUGUCCACAUGUCCAGAACCACAGAUGCCUCUAUUCCAGCUGCUUUUAAAACCUUAUUACCCCCAGGCUUCACCAGUUACUCAUUUAUGCCAGUGCAUGUGUAGACAUCUUGGGAGAGGAGCCGAGAGGGGGAAGGGGGAAGUUUAGUGCAUUAAUUGGGUUCUGUGUGCCUGCGCUUACAAGGUGCAUGGACAUCCAGUUGGAGCCCAGAGAACAUGAAGCCAGGGCUCAUGGCAGAUUUCUCUGUAGCCCAAAAAAGGCUUCCUUCCCCUAGUGCCAUCCCUGCUCCACACUUGUAAUCCGCAUCAUCUCCUGGAGUGUGGAGCCAGGGCUGGAGGGGCAGGGAACAGGGGGUAGUUUAUAUAAAAACUGGUUUCAUCCUGACUCAGAGGCACUUAUAUCAUCACCAGUGCAAAUAACAGAGCCAACGGGUGCUUUAGCAGCUACCUGCUUCUCUCUGUUGGUAUGUGAGCUCAACAGGAGAAGGAGGUGGCACAAUGAAAGUGGGGAGGCUGGUCAGUGUGGACUGAGGGGGAAGGAAAGUGGUGCAUAGGGGUGGGCCUGGUUACAGAGAUGAUGAAGA